UUUCUUCUUCAUUAUUUAUUUACUGUGCAACUGUGCAGCCGUUGUGACGUCGUGAAGUGUUAACCCCAAAGUCCGCGAGAGCCCCACACAAUAAAGAGAAGAAGAAGCAUUUAUUAAUUUCAAAUUAAUUGAAAUCUAAAAAAAUAGCGAAUAAAUUUAAUAAGAUCGAAAAUCAUAUAAAAUUCGCUUGCCUUAGUGUGUGUGUGCCUUUGAAUAAAUGUAAAAGACAACAAAAUAGCAAAUUUAAAGUUUUUGUGUGCUGUGCUCAGAAUUAAGAUUCUCUCAAAGAGCCCCUUACCGCACUUGUCCUAAGGUUUCUAUUGUGAAAUUCGAAACGACCCCCAAAAAGGCAAAACGAAAACAAAACGACCAAACGAAAAUAAAAACAAAGUGUUAAACAUCUGUAGAACUACAACUACCUACAACUUUACUACCAAGAAUUUACCCCAGAGAGGAGCUGUGCAAAAAUGAAUAAAACCUGUGCUCGCUGUCAAAAGGUGGUCUAUCCCAUCGAGGAGUUGAAAUGUCUUGAUAAGACUUGGCAUAAAACAUGUUUCAAAUGCACAGAAUGUGCCAUGGCAUUGAAUAUGAAAACGUACAAAGGUUUCAACAAAAUGCCCUAUUGUGAAGCUCACAUUCCAAAGGCCAAAGCCACAGCGAUAGCAGAUACGCCCGAAUUAAAGAGAAUAGCGGAAAAUACUAAAAUCCAAUCGAAUGUUAAAUAUCAUGAAGAUUUUGAAAAGGCCAAAGGCAAAUUUACACAGGUCGCCGAUGAUCCAGAGACAUUGCGUAUUAAACAGAAUACAAAACACAUAUCAAAUGUGGCCUAUCAUGGAGAUUUGGAGAAGAAAGCGGCCAUGGAAAAACAACGUGGAGCGGCGGAAGCAUCAGAUUCAACAAAAGAUGAAUCGGAAUAUUUCUCAGAACAAUUGGCCGCUGAACAAUUUGCACAAUAUGCACCUCAGAUAAAUGCAUCCCAUUCACCAUUGCCGCCGCAGCAAAUGUCACCGCGCAUGGCACCACCACUGCAAUCGGCCCAACAGCAACAACAGCACCAACAAUAUCAUUACACAGCAACAACACCACAACAACAACAGCAACAGACAAUGCCACCACCUAAUAUACAACACCAACAACAUAAUACAGGCCACUUGGUGGCCAGCAAUCAGGCUGCCAACACACAAAUCUAUCAUCAACAGAACAAUAGUAGACAGGGCCAACAACAACUACAACAGCAACACCAGCAUCCCUAUGCAACAUCACACCUGCAACAACAGCAAUUUAUACAACACGAACAGCAACAACAACAACAAUACCAGCACUAUCAACAGCCGCAAAUGUUGCGUCAGCCUCAAAGCCAACAGCAGCAGCUGCAACAACAACAACCACAUGGGCAUAAACAAACAUCUCAUUUGUAUCCAUCUUCUUCUUCUUCUUCUUCUUCCAAUACAACAGCUCCACCCAAUUUGCAGCAGCAACAGCAGCAGCAUCAUCAACAGGCCACAUCACAAUACCAACAACCCAAUUCCAGUUACAACCAAUUACGUUCAGCUAUUCUGCAAAGCUCCCAUCAUCCCACAGGCGCCUUGAACGAUCCCUCGCCUACAGCUGCUUCCCCUUAUAAUACCAGCAGCAGCACCACCACCGCCAACUAUGACCAAUAUGAUAAUACCAGCAACAAUUAUGGUGUUAGCCAACAACAACGCACAACGUCACAGACGGCACAAAUUUAUCACCACAACAACAACCCGGUCAACAAUGGCAGCACCAACAACAAUAAUGUUGGCGGUGGUGGACUGGUUACAAUGCAAGCAUAUCAUCAAACCCCAAAGGGUUCGGUUGCCACAACUCCCAGUUAUGGCGGUGCCGCCAAUCUUACGCCCACUUCGGCAUCGGCCCAGCAGCAGCUGUUCCCAAACAAUGCCUACCAACACAGCUAUGCGGCCCCGGCAGGAGGUGUGGCUAGUGGUAGCGGUACUCUUAAUGGUGGCCAACAGCAACAUCAUCCAUCACAACAGCAAACAAAUCAUCAUCAUCACCAUCACAAUAGUAACGGUGGCUCGACCAUAAACGGCAGCAUUGGUAAAAUUGCCGAUUAUGAUCCCCUAUCCGAUGGACCUCGUCCAUUGCCCAACACGGCUAGAUCUAGUACCACACUCAUCUAUAGUUCCGAUAAUCGUGGCAAUGUUAAUAAUUCAUAUGCCAAGCGUAUAGGCUCUAUAGCAGACAUUGAUCCUGUUAAUGGUAUCUAUGGUUCUUUAACAGCAGUCGAUCAGCAGCAGCAUCAGCAACAGGCGCAGCAGCAGCAUUUGUCCAAUCACAAUUUGCAACAGCAACAAUAUUAUCAGCAAAUGCCAGCAAUGCAGCAACAACAACAGCAGCAGCAGCAAAAUCAUCAAUCACAUCACAGUCUACCACAACAAAAGCAGGCAAAACAGAAUUUGCGCAUCUAUCGUGCCCUCUAUGACUAUGAGGCCCAGGAUGUCGAUGAGGUGAGCUUCCGUGAAGGUGAUAUCAUAUUCGAAGUGGAAUCCAUUGAUUCCGGCUGGAUGACGGGAAGAGUGGAACGCACUGGCAAAACUGGCAUGCUGCCUGCCAACUAUGUGGAGCAAGCGGUUAUAUAAUAGGAAAUGCAACCCCCGAGCCACAAUAACCACCAUCCCAAUCACCCUCAAAACCACAACCACCACCAGCAGCAACCUGAAACCAAUGGCAAAAUCCCCAUAGCCAAUGGCAAUGGUCACAUUACUAAUGGCAAUAUCACCAAUCUAACCAAUGGUCCCACAAACAACAGCCACAACUCUAGUAGCAAUAACCACAUUAAUAAUCUGCACACCAAUAUCCCGGCCACCUCCUAUGCCUCGUUGCACUCGCCCCCCUCUCCGACACCAAGAAAAGGUUGUUGUUGUAAAAAUCAUAUAUUAGUUAUAACAAUAUUAUGCGUUUAUUUGGCACUUGUAUUCAUAAUCUUCUCCAAUGUCUUCUUCGAUGACAGCCGAGGCGGGGGCGGCAGGGGGGCCAAUAACCAACACAACAACGGCAAUAACAAUGUGAAACAUAAAUCCCAAAUUAAUGGCGUUGAUGCGCAAAAUCAAAACGAUCGGCAGCAAAAUUUUUACUAUUAUCUACUAAAUCAUGUAUUCUAAAUGAAACUAUAAGCAAGGCGGUAAGAGCGCCCAUGGGCAUUACCAUUACGCUUAACCCCCCACAACCAGUAAGGUUUCUAUUAUUGAACACGAAGAAACACAAAAAUCAAUGUAUUUUAUUUUUUGAAAUAUUUCUUUUUAAAUCUUUAUUUUUUUUUAAAUAAUAAUAAUAAUAAUAUUUUUGAAAUGUUAUGGAUAUAUGGAUAUUUCUUGCUAGCAAAGAAAUUAAAAACUAAAUAAAUUAUUAUUCUAUAUAAACAGAA